GAUAGGGGGCGGUAAUACUGUACUUCAUUCUCACUCACAGGAGAGCAAGAACUGCAGAAGAAAACGAUGCUAAACAAAACAAAAAAAUAAAAUGGGCUCGGAAGAAGGAGUCUUUAAAUGGACUGAUGCCAACACGGCAGAUCUGAUUGUGUGGAGAGUCAGCAACAACAGACUGUUUACAGGCAGAAGAAAUGCAGCCAUUAAAGCCUUUGAGCUGUAUGUGAAAGAGAAACAGCUGGAAGGGAAAGUGACUCCUGCAUGGGUUCGAAAGAAGUGGGAGAAUCUCAAACAAAAGUAUAAGGUGAUGUCGUGCCUUAAUUUUGCUCGUUUGCAAGUCUGCAGAAGAAAUACUAAUAAAUUACAUUGCUUAAAGGACCUCAAAAGCCUCAGUAUGGCGGGAGGAGACACAACAAUCGCCACCUGGAAGUGGUACGCCAUCAUGGAUGGUGCGCUGAGCAGCGAGAUCCACCUCAACCAUUUCAUCAAGCCGGACCACUUGACCUCAUUUGCUCAGGACGCUCCUCCCAUCAAGCAGAGAAAGGAAGAGGAUUGGUUGAUAGCACUGCGGGAGAUGGAGAGGCGGCAGGAGGAACGAGAGAGGCAAGCGGCGGAGAGAGAGGACGAGAGAGACAGACGCGCUGCCGCCCGAGAAGAAGAGAGAGACCGACGGGCCGCAGAGAGAGAAGAGAUGAGAGAGAGACAGGCGCUGGAGAGGGAGGAGAGGAGGGAGCGGGAGAUGUUUGCGAGAGAGGAGCGGUGGGAGAAAGAGAUGCUGGCUAGAGAAGAACGACAGGAAAGGGAAUACAGAGAACGAGAGGAGAGGAGAGAAAGAGAAGCUGCUGCCAGAGAAGAAAGACUCUUUAAACUCCUCGAGACAUUUCUGGCCAACAAGUGAAACUCUUACUGACAGUUACAUUCCAAGAUUUGCCUAUUUUCUGCUAAUAAACUGUUUUGCAAUACCA